UUAUAAAAUACAAUUUUUAGAGUCUUUGAAUUUCAUUGGUUAGAAGGUAGCCAUUUGUAAAUAAAAUCAAUCCAAUCACGUUUGAUUUAUCAUAUGUUCGAUUAAUCGAAUUAAUAAUCGACUCGUGAAACAAAAGUUAACACACGAAUUUACAUUGCAAUGUUAAUAAAGAAAUAAGCUAAAGUGCGUCAAAGUAUUAUAAAAGAAACGGAUUUUCAAUUAAAAAUAUAUUUGUGGGUUAAGUUUUAUGACAAGGUUCAGUCUUAUAAUCGAUAAUCUUUUUCUCUUUCUCUUUCUGAUUUUUAUAAUCUUACCAACCUCAAACAGGGUGCUUUUCGUUAAUCGUUUCGAUCGCGUUCGAGUAAACUCGAGUGAACUCGACAAAACUCGAUACAAUUCGAUAUACAUAAGAGUCAUCGAAAUGGAAAGCACCCAUUGUAUAAUUGUGUAGGUAAUAAUCUCUUUUAAGAAAUUCCAAAUAUAUUAUUGAUAAAGAAGUCCAAUCUAAUGAAACGUAAGUGAAAUGUUUAAUAAUGUUGGAAUGAAAGAAAUAAAAAUAGGAAAAGUCUUUAGCGUCUUACCAAUUGUGAAAGAUUUUUUUCUUAAAUCUUAUUAGAAUCAUAUAAUAUAGUAAAAAGUUAUACACAGCACACACAUGUGUACACAUACACAUACACACAUGUAUAUAUAUAUAUACAUACGAGAGAAUCUUCACGAUCAUUAUAAUGAUACCGAAAAAUCAUGUUAAUAAUAAUAUCUUCUAUUAGUAUUUAAAUUUACUAAGGGAACUAAACGAUACUACAAAGAGGUUGGAAAAUUGUAUAUAUUCACGACGAUUCAAGGCUAAAACGUAAUUUUGUAAAAUGUCUGUGACCUUUGCUCAACGCGGCAGACCAACUCUAACGCCAGCACAGAUACAAAAGAUGCUAGAUGAAAACAGUCAACUAAUACAGACUAUUCAAGAGUAUCAAAGCAAAGGCAAACCCCAAGAAUGCAUACAGUAUCAACAACUGUUGCAUCGUAACCUUGUGUAUCUGGCAUCCAUUGCAGAUGCAAAUCAAAAUAUACAAGCAUUACUUCCGCCGCCACAAGGAAUUCCAAAUGGACCACAGCAUCCGAUAAUCAGUCCACAAGGGCUUCCAAGUGGUCCAGGAAAUUCAACCGGUCCAGGAGCAGAUAUGCCUCCUAAUACGCAACCAACAUUACCAAUGUCUAAUUUUAAUCAAGGACAGCCUAUGACGCAGGGUGGUUAUCGAGGACCUGUAAUGCCUGGUCAAGGCCCUGCUAUUAACAGACCUACUGCUGCACCCGGACCUCAACAAUAUAGAGGCGGUCCUCAAUACUCUCAACAACCAACACAGCAAGCAUAUCCUGCUCAAUAUGCUAAUCAAAAUCCAGGGUCUAAUUAUCAAGGACCCCAAGGAGCUGCAUAUACGCCUGGUCAACCAAAUCAAUAUGGGCCACCAAAUGCGUCUCAGCCACAAGGAUAUAACACAUCUUCGCAGCCAAAUUAUGGGCCUCCAACUACAGUAAAUAGCUAUGGCCCACAACCAGGUUAUCCUCCUCCAGGAUCAAGUCAGCCACCUGCUGGAUAUGGACCUCCCCCGCCAAAUCAACAAGGCUAUCCUCCCUCUAAUACAUCUCAACAAAACUUCCAAUCUGGUGGUCAACAACAACAAACUGGACAAUAUGGAAAUCCAAGUCCACAACCAAACUAUCAACAAGCUCCAUCACAACCUCCACCACAAAAUGCAUACGGAGCUGGCCAACCAGGAACUUAUCCCCCACCUUCCUCUCAAGCUUAUGCCAAUAAUGUACCUCCGCAAAACUAUCCACCUCCUCCUACAUCUAGCACAGCUCAACCCCCACAACCAGGCUCACAGCAAACUUCUGGACCUCAAUCCAGUUACGGUAAUCAAUCAAGUCCUGGUCCUGGUCCAACACAAUAUGGUCCAGCUUCUACAUCUCCUCCAUUUAGUACUGCGGCAGCAAGUGCAGCUAAUACAUAUGCUCAAAGUAGUCAACCAACUAGUACACCAUCUGCUUCCACACAGACUUAUUCACCAAGCAGUGGUCCACCACCUACAUCUCAGGGUGGAAACUAUGCCCCUGUUCCAACGCCUUCUGUUUAUCCAGUUCAUCAAUCGCCUCAUCCAAGCUCUCAUCCAUCACAUCCAUCUUCACAUCAAUCGCCAAUUGCUAAUACUUAUGUUCAAAGUAGUCAACCAACUAGUACGCCAUCUGCUUCCACACAAACUUAUUCACCAAGCAGUGGUCCACCACCAACAUCUCAAGGUGGGAAUUAUGCUCCUGUUGUACCUACAUCUUCCGUCUAUCCAGUUCAUCAAAAUCCUCAUCCUAACUCUCAUCCUAACCAUCCACCUUCUCAUCAAUCACCUCAUCAACCUCCCCAUACUCCACACCAACCUCCCCAUCAACCAUCUCAUCAACCACCGUCUCAUCAACCUUCUCAUCAACCUCCUCCACAGUCUCAACAACAAUCUCAAAAUCCUCCACAAUCACAGCAGCAACAAUCCCCAAGUCCUGCUUCAAGUGGAUUCCAACCAUCGUCCGGUCCACCCCAGGGCCCUGCACCACCACCGGGACCCCAGCCGCAACCAGGAUAUGGACCUGCGACAACACAAACAUAUGCCCCGCCAACUCCUGGGGGCCAACCACAGGUUUACACCCCGCAUCCGCCACAGGGAGGUCAACAUUAUGGACAUCCCCAAUAUCCUCCACAAAGUUAUCCACCUCCACCAACAGGACAAGGUUAUCCACAAUACCCACCACGACCACCCGGUGGACACAUGCCUCCUCCACCAGGACCACAAGGACCACCACCACCUAAUCAGUAUGGAGGAUAUGGCUAUCAACCUCCUCCACAAUAGAACAAACUAUAGUUAAAAGAAAAGAAAAAACAAACAUAAAUGUUUUUCUCUCUA